AGCCCAAGCAAAAAAAUGGCAAGGCCCAAAUUUAAAAUAUAUUCCCAUCCGCCGACUGUCUCUCUCUCUUCUCUUCUCUUCUCUUCUCUUCUCCUCUCCACAAUCCAAUUCCUCCCCCAAAUUAAUUCCAAAUCCCUAACUUCUCCAUCUCUCUCCCUCCUCUCGUUGACAUUGCAGGCAGCCGCCCCUGCCGCGCCUCACGGAGGCGCCCUCCCUCCUACCGUCGUCUCCUUCUCUCGCGGCACCGCCUCCAUCUCUACCAUUCCCCGUUUUCUCGCCCCACUUUCGAGUUCCCGAUUUAGGGAAGGAAACCCUAGCUCGAGACGGACACAGCGGCGCCUCGCCCGUCGGCCACCACCGUCGCCUCCGUGUUGCAUCGUGGUCGGCCCCGCCGUCGUCUCGGAAAGGGAGGGAGCAUCGCCUCCUUUAUUCUCCUUCCGGCAUCUCCGGAUUAGCCGUAACACAGCGGAGUACGCGGGUUUUUUUCUUCCGUUCAGCGCCGUCUCUGCCGUUGUCAUCCUCACCUCCGGCGUGAGGCUACCGGCCUCUUGGUUGCUCGCAGCUGCCCUUGGGCCGCCGCUGCACCAGGAGCUUCUGCGGCGGCCCUCGCGGCUUUAUCGUCUCAGGUUUGACUUGGGUUCUACCCCCUUUCUUUCGUUUGGCAGCUCUCGGCUGGUGGGGGAAGGCUGGAGGAGACGCUGCCAUUUCAGGCGAGUCUUGAGUUCUCUUUAGAAAGAGGUGAAGGAGUAGUUGGCUGGAAACGGCCUCCCGCGCCAUGGCUCACUGCUCUUGGCCCGACGGCCGAUCGGACACGGGCGUGGAGUGUAGCUUGGCUCGAAAAGAGAGACACACGUUUUUCCUAUUUGUAUACCCUCAUUUUGUAACAUAGUUACUUAAAGUGUAUGUAAUAAAUCUUAUUAGAAACAAAAUCUAAACUCUUAGUUUUUCUCUUGUUUGAGUGUAUAUUGUUUAAUUAGAGAAGUAAAUAAGGAGAACGCAAAUUCAUUUUA